AUGUCCAACCCCAAAGCCUUUACACUUACCUUCACAGGUGAUGUAAUGCUCGGCCGCCUGCUCGACCAGCUAAUGCCAGAACAUGUCUCCAACGAGCGUGACGAACGCAUCGCCACAACCUUCAUAAAAGCUCACCCACUCCUCCUGGCAAAAGGAAACUACACACCCUCCUCGCCAUGGGGCACAGUCCUCCCCCUCCUCCAAUCCUCAACUCUAGCAUGCAUCAAUCUCGAAACCUCCGUAACAACAGCCCCAAUCCCAUGGCCCAACAAGGUAUUUAAUUACCGCAUGCACCCAGCAAACCUAGCUCCGAUUCUACAUGCCGGCGGCAUCGAUUACGCCAGUCUAGCCAACAACCACACCCUCGAUUUCGGCACCGAGGGUCUCACAGAGACCGUCAAAACACUGCAAGAAGCGAAAGUCGCGUACGCAGGCGUAGGUGAAACAGCCGCCGACGCACGCAAACCUGCCGUGCUACAUUUACCCCGGCUUUCACAGCCGUUAGAAGAAAACCAACAACGCUACACAGUCCACGUAUACUCAGCCUCUGAUCACCCCCACGUAUGGGCCAGCGUGCCGGGAUUCAAUCUGUUCGAUUACACGCGUGAUACGCGGUCUCGGUUGCGGGAAAUGCUUGUUGACGCCGAAGAGAGCAAGCCUGCGUUGAAGGUGUUUUCGGUUCAUUGGGGGCCGAAUUAUGCGUGGGAGCCGGACGGACGGAUUACGUCUCUUGCGCAUUUCUUGAUCGAUGAGUGUGGGGUGGAUAUUGUUCAUGGACACUCGUCGCAUCAUGUUCAGGGUGUUGAGGUGUACCAUGGGAAGCUUGUUAUCUACGGCUGUGGGGAUUUUGUGGAUGAUUAUGCGCUGAAUGAGGAGUAUAGGAAUGAUUUGGGGGCUUUAUGGAGAGUUGUUGUCAAGGAGAAGAGUGGUUGGAUUGGGUUGGAGAGAUUGGAGAUCUUUCCUACGCGGGUUGAGAGGUUUAGGGCUGUUUUGUUGGAUUAUAAAGAUCCCGAUCAUGUGUGGGUGAGGCGGAAGAUUAGUGAGCUUACUGAGGAGUUUGGAACGCCUGUGAGGGAGGCGCUUGGGGAGAAGGGGGAGGUUGUUAUUGAGUUAUCUGGAGGGUAG